AUGGGAACUACCACUUUGGCUAGUGGAGUGGCCGCUGUAACUGCAGUGGCCGUCGUCGUCUCGUUGGUGACCGUUGGCUACAUCGUCAACGACAUCAACACCUUCUACGAUGACGUCAUCUCUGAACUCGACAGCUUUCAAAAUCAGAAUCAAUAUAUAUUUAUUAAGGACCUCGCCAAUUCCGCAUGGCAUGAGAUGAGAACCACUCCUGAAAUGGCUCGAGACAAACGUGCAACAUUUGUAAGGCGCAGACAAACAGGCUACAGCACAGGAGGUGGAUCAACAUGCAAUUGCGGUCAACAAGCCAGCGGUUGUCCCGCUGGACCACCUGGACCACCUGGACAACCUGGACUGCCUGGAGAGGCUGGAGAGCCUGGACAAGCUGGAAGACCAGGAAACAAUGGCGGCACCGGUGGAGAUAACGGCGGCACUGGUUGCAUCUCGUGUCCAGUUGGAGCUCCAGGACCACCAGGUCCUGACGGAAGCGCAGGACCCCCUGGACCCAAUGGAAAUCCUGGAGCUCCUGGAGGAGGAUCUGGAGCGUCACCUCCUGGACCUCCUGGACCACCUGGAGACGCUGGGACAGCCUGGAACGGAACUGGCCAGCCUGGACCUCCCGGUCCUCCAGGUCCAAAUGGAUCACCAGGACAACCAGGACCAGAUGGCACUGGAGGUGGUGGUAGCAGCGCUGGUCCACCAGGACCACCUGGACCAAACGGAAAUCCUGGACAGCCCGGAGCUCCUGGAGCACCCGGGGCACCUGGUACAGAUGCUGGGCCAGGUGCUGGCGCUGGCUACAGUGGUGGACCUGGUGGUGGUUACCGUAGACGUCACGUUUCUCGUCGUCGUUUCACAAAGAAGCGUCUUGUGCUCAGAAGAAAAGCAGCAAAGAAGGCCUAA